UUGCUCCCUGAUUCCCUUCCUUUGCUCUCUCUUUCCCUCUUCCUCUUUAGUCAGUCACAAAGAGCUGUUUCGUGUCAGUGUGCGUUGAGUCUGUUGUGUCUCUGUCUCAAAUGUCUGUCCUGCUCUGUGUCCUGCUCCUCUGCACUCAGACCUUUGGUCUAGAGGAGCUAACAGUGAUGUCUGGAAGGGACGCAACUCUUCACUUGGGGUGCAGCGAGGGUGAGGUGACACUGAUAGAGUGGACCAGACCUGACCUACAGCCACUGAAGUACGUCUUCUUGUACCGCAACGCACGUUCAUACGAAAACUACCAGAAUCCAGGUUAUCACGGUCGAGUGGAGCUGAGAAAUCCGGAGAUAAAAGACGGAGACGUUUCCAUCACGGUGAAGAACGUCAGCGUCAACGACGCUGGACUUUACAGGUGUCGAACCAUCGUGAAGGAGAGUGGAAACAACACAGAGUUCAGGAAAGACAUCAACCUGAGAGUCACAGACUCAGGUGAGUCUGAAGGUCAGACCUCUUCAUUAGUCUGGGAUAAAGAAAAUGAGGAUGAAGAAAACAAAGUUGAAGAAAAGUCGGAAGCAGGAAAAUCGGAUGAAAGAAAGUCGGAAGAAGGAAAAUCAGAAAACUCUGUUGCGCUCAUAGCUGGUGUGCCGGCGACUGUGGGAAUUGUUUGUGUUGGGAUUAUUGUCCUCCUGCUCUCAAAGAAGCGUAACAACUCCAAAAAGAGCGUUCCAAGUGAAGCGAAUUAUAAUCUCAUUUAACAAUCGACACAAACAGUGCACAGACAAGAGUUUGUUUCAUGUAUUUUCCACACUUUAACGCACUUUAACACACUGUAUAUGUGAAUCAGUCUGUCAUUGUCAAGCUAAUAAUUGUAAGUUUUAGCCCUGAAGGAAAGUUUGUCCAUCACUGAAGUCGUCUGCAACGAGCACUUUGACAGGAAAUAACAUGGAUGUGUUUUUUAAUGACUUAAAAUAUGAAAAUAUUAUCUUGAUAUCUACAAUAUAAUAUAAUAUAAUACAAUAUAUAAUGGGGUCACACGGUGGUGUAGUGGUGCAGCGAGAAGACCCGGGUUCGAGCCCCGGUUGGAACAAGGGCCUUUCUGCAUGGAGUUUGCAUGUUCUCCCUGUGUGUGUCCGGGUUCUCUCCGGGUUCUCCGGGUUCUCCCACAGUCCAAAAACAUGCAAUGUGGAGAUUAGGUAAAUUGGACACUCUAAAUUGACCAUAGGAGUGAGUGUGAGAGUGAAUGGUUGUGUGUGUGGCCCUGCGAUGGACUGGCGAACUGAACUAAAGUGGUAGAUGAUGAUUGACUGACAAUAUAUUAUAAUAUGACAAUACAAUCUUUUGUUUUAUUUCAGUGCAUGAUGUUUAGCAUUGAUUGUAUUGUGAUUGGAAACAUUAUCUGCUGCCAAUCAUCAUCAUGACAUAUUUACACAUUUCACUCUUUGCACCUUCAAAAUAAAGUGAUUUUUCUGA